AUGGCUGGCGCCGGGUCCCAACACAACAAGGCCCACAAAGCUGGCCGUAGGGCUGGUAGGAGCGCCCGUGAAAAGCAUAAAGACAGCAAAGAUGCCGGUGGUCGCGCCCCCAUCAAAUCCGGCGCGGGGGUGCAGCAGCGCCGGGCCGACCGCCUGAAUUCGGCCAAGCAGGUACGGGAAUCGAAGCGCGCAGCGCUGCUGGCCAGCCGCCGGGCGGCCGCCCCGCCGCGCGUGGUGGCCCUGUUCCCGCUCUCUGAUUCCCUGGACGUGACCGCGGCCUGGGCCUCGCUGCUGGCGGCGUGCGGCGCACCCGAGGCGACCGGCUCCCACUCACCGCCCCGCCCGGUCACGGUCACCACGAGCGAUGCGCGGCGCUCGCGCCUGACCCUGCUCCCGCCCCCGCCCGUCCCCGGCGACGCGCUGGGGGCGCUGGACUUAGCCCGCGCCGCGGACUGCGUGCUGCUCCUGGCGGACGGCGAUGGCGGGCUGGGCGAGGAUGUCGAGCGCGUGCUGGCCACGCUGCGCGCUCUGGGCCUGCCCGGCGCCAUCGGCGCGGUGGUCAGCGGCGCGCCGCCCGCCGACCUCAAGGCGCGCUCCGCGGCCAAGAAGCGCGCGGCGGCGCUGCUCGCGCGCGUCGCCGCGCCCGAGGUCCGGGUCAUGGCGGCCGAUGGGCCCGCCGACUGGGCGGCGCUGGUGCGCCACCUGGCGGACGCCGCGCCCGCCGUGCCCGGCUGGAGGCAGCACCGCCCGCAGCUGCUGGUGGAGGGCGCCGAGCUGGCGGGCGAGGGGGGUGGCUCGGACGGCACCGUGACCCUCCUGCUCAGGGGGUAUGUCCGCAACCUGGGCCUGUCGGUUCGCCAGGCCGUGCACGUCCCCGGCGCAGGCGACUUUGCGCUGAGUCAGAUCGACGCGCUGCCGGAGCCGGGGCGGGGGCGGGACGGAAUGGACGCCGACCCUGCGGUCCUGGCCACCGCGGGGCCUGAGGAGAGGGCGAAUCUGGACCGGGAGAAUGUGCCCGAUCCUCUGGCCGGCGAGCAGACCUGGCCGACCGAGGAGGAGCUGGUGGAGGCGGAGGCGGAGCGUCGCGCCGCCGCCAAGCUGAAGAAGCGGCGGCUGCCGGCCGGCACCUCAGAGUACCAGGCCGCCUGGAUCCUGGACGAAGACGAAGGGAGCGAGACGGGGAGCGAGGCAGGGGCGGGCUCGGACGAGGCCAUGGAGGAAGGCGCGCCGGCAGGCGUACCGCUGGCGGAAGACGAUGUCGACUCCCUGCUGAACGGGGGGGCGGAGGGCACGGAGGCCGACAUGGACUACGCCGAGGACGAGGAGGAGGAGGAGGAUGACCUGGCGGCCCGGCGGCACAUGGUCCAGGACGAUCAGGAGUACCCGGACGAGGUGGAGACCCCCUCCGGCGUUCUGGCUCGUGAGCGCUUUGGCAAGUACCGUGGGCUGAAGAGCAUGAGGACCAGUCCGUGGGACCCGCGCGAGUCACUGCCGCUGGAGUACGCGCGCGUCUUUGCCUUUGACAACUUUGUCCGAACGCAAAAAAGGGCGCUGGCCGCGGCGAGCUCCGGGCAGGAGGCGGCGGCCCCCGCCGGCACCUAUGUCCAGCUGCACGUGGUGGCGGUCCCCGCCGACGCCGCCAAGCGAGUGCAGGAGCGCGUGGGCGCCUGGAGCGCGGGACUGGCCAGCCCCCUCACCCUCUUCGGCCUGCUCCAGCACGAGACCAAGCUGUCGGUGGGCCACUUUGCCUUGACCCUGGUGCCCGAGGCGCCCGCCCCGUUGGCAAACAAGGAGGAGCUGCUGCUGGUGACCGGGGUCAGGGCCUUCCGCGCCCGCCCCGUCUUCUCCAGCGACGAGCACGGCGCGGAUAAACACAAGAUGGAGCGCUUCCUGCACCCUGGCAGGCCGUCGGUGGCGACCGUGUACGCCCCCAUCUCCUACCCCCCGCUCCCCCUGCUGGCCUUCAGGCUGGAGGGAGGGGCCAGGCCCGUGCUGGCGGCCACGGGGUCGGCGCGCCGCCCCGACCCCGACCGCGUGGUGCUGAAAAAGAUCGUGCUGACCGGGUACCCCGUGCGCACGCACAAGUCCAAGGCGGUGGUGCGCCACAUGUUCCACGACGCAGACGACAUCCGCUGGUUCAGGCCGGUGGACCUGUGGACGCGCAGCGGGCGGCGCGGGCGGAUCAGGGAGCCGCUGGGAACCCACGGCGCCAUGAAGACCAUCUUCGACGGGCCCAUCACCCAGGCAGACGCCGUGUGCAUGUCCCUCUACAAGCGGGUGUUCCCCAAGUGGCCCCUGGACAUGGCCUUUGCCGCGUGCUGA